ACCCGACCCCUCCCCAGAGAGGGGCGGGACCCCAGGAGGAGCAAGGGAGCAGGGCUGCCGGAGAGGACCAAACACUGGAGAGACGAUAUGGCAGGAACCAGCCUCGGAGCCCGCUUCUACCGGCAGAUCAAGAGACAUCCCGCGCUCAUCCCGAUGAUCGGCUUCAUUGGCCUGGGCAUGGGCAGCGCUGUGCUCUACUUGCUGCGACUCGCCCUGCGCAGCCCCGACGUGUGCUGGGACCGAAAGAACAACCCAGAGCCCUGGAACCGCCUGAGCCCCAAUGACCAAUACAAGUUCCUUGCAGUUUCCACUGACUAUAAGAAACUGAAGAAAGACCGGCCAGACUUCUAAGCCUGGCUGCAGAGCACGAUGUAAACCACCACCGGCCAGCCUACUCAUUUCUUCCACUCUCCACCCUCAACCCCAGGGCGCCACUCUAGCCACCCUGUCCAGCUCCUGCUUACACAGGCCUGUUCCCACGACGAGGGGAGACAGCUCCACCCCCUCCCUCUUCCCUUGCUCCCAGCAGCGGAAGCGCCUCUGACCCUCAGCUUCAGUCCCACGUGGGGGAGGGGGAGUUAGGAGGGCAGGCAGUAGCCUGGCGGACUCAGAAGGCCCACACCAGCCCCUCUGCCCCGCUACCCGGGCCUCCCAGGGCGUGGUGCCUGCUACGUGCUGAGCGUGGCCUACGUGAGAACCAAGACCAAGCAGAGGCCUGGGUGCCAAGCGACGUGGCGGGCCCCACAUUGGCCCAGGCUUCCGGCGCCAGCCCAGGGGCGGUGCUUCUCUGGCUCGACCGGGCUCGUCCUGACAGCCCAGCCCGCUUGGGACGAGGCACCUACAGCCAGGAAGGCGCAGCUCGCUCCUCCGAGUGCCCAAAUCCCCUGCUUCCUGUGCCAAUGGGCAUCCCUUCCGCCUCACACCUGGGCCUCCCCCUGCCUUCCCCACCCCUCCCCUGCUCCCCUCCAUCCCCUGGGUUCAAACAGAAGCAGCCGUGGGCAAAAUACAAUUUCAUUUAACAAAUUGAA